GCAAAGAAGAACAAUGGCUGUGAAAGCCUGAGUUGCUUAGCGGUGUUGCAUGCUGGGAAGUCAGUACGGCGGGAAUGAGUGACCGCUGUCGCGGCUGUCUCGCGUGCGCCCGGGCCGUUUGAGCGCCAUUUUUUGGCGGCACAUUUCUUGCGCCAAUACUCUGUUCGGAGCGAGUUGGAAGACUCUCGGUCUGUUUCGACAAACCACAGAAGCAGUUAUGUCGCUAACCAGCAGGGACAUGUGGGGUGUACUGCGCGGCAGUUGCAGGGAGCCUUUGUGUGACUGUCAGCGCUACGUCGUCGUGUGCCCAUCAGACGAAAGCGCGGCAAAGAUUCGUUGUCAGUUCUGCAAUCACUGCCCAAGCAUUCACGGAAGAAUCACCGAUUUGGGUGACACAGAGCAAGGACUUACUGUGCCACCUAUUCUAUUAAUAGUUGGCACAGGGAUAAAUGGACCGAGUGAAGUGCAACAGCCGUAUCAUCCUGAUUGUUCGAAAGACCACGAGAGAGAAGUUGCCGAAGUGCUGCAAGAGAGUGCACAGCCUGGCUGCUCGAAAGAUGGCUCACUAUGGGUGGAAGCUCCAUCUCCUUCGGACCUUCCUGUAGACAUGAGCCAGCAACUUGCCAUCAAUGAAGCUCCUGCGCCAUCAAAACCUGCACCCAAGGUAUUCUGUGACUGGCUCCUUGCAAACAUGCCAGAAUUCUCUGACUGUGUUCAGCCUAUCCUGAAAGGGAAAGCUGUCUCGGAAAAGUCACAAACAAAACUGUCAAGAGAGCUGCGUGCAGAAAUGACGUUAUUCCUGGAUGAGCAUGAUCUCAUUACCACUGGGAACAAGGGCGAACGGCGCUCGAUGUACAAAGCCCUUGGGGAGGCGCUUGCCACGAAAUACCCACUUCUUUUGUGGGAUGAGCCAAAACCUGAGAGCCAUCUUGUUGACAAACGGACCCAUGUUUACAGCCUAUUCAUAAGGAAGCUGACAGUGGCCCGAAAGGUGCGGAAGCACAGGAAGAUGAGAAGUGCAGCUGCUGUAACUCCUUCCAUGCCUACUCCAGCGCUCACAAAGGAGAGUGCUGCCGCCGAACUGGAGGUUCGCAUAAUUUUCAUUUCACAUUUAUUUUUUACAUAUGUUGCUCAAAUGUUUCUUGUUGCACUGUUCCAGGCUCUCAGAUCGGCUGACCUGAGCACCGUGGCACUGGAUAUAGAAAGAAUGAAAUGCCUUCUUGAGGUCACUUACGAAGAUUGCUGCAAGCGUCACGAUGAUCCUUUGCCUCAAUAUUUCUUGUUAGAAAGCAUUCUCUGCAUUGAAGUCGAACUCCGAUUUAAGUGCAAGGUUGGGGACCUGGAGAAAAAGGUGAAAGCGGUGGUGGAAGCGUUUCCACAUAAAGAAGAACGGGAAUGCACAUUCGUCGACAUUGGCAAGCAUUUACAAGGCCAUUCUAGGCACACACUCAUCAACGAGAAUGCAAUGCCUAAUAACCUGCAAGUCACAGCACUUCAUGUGUAUAUAUACUGCGCUGAACGCACUUGCGUUUAGGCUGGCAGUACUGAAGAAGUCAUCUGGAUCUCGGGUGGAAAUCUAGAGCGAGCUCUGAUUUUCUGCCUGCUGAUGUACUACAUUAAGAACCUUGACUACCCACCAGCGUUCUGAACGGUCCUCGUCUUACUGCAGAAGAUAACUCUACCUGACACAAAAGUGCCCCGUGGACUGCUCACGAACCGGCUGAAAAAUUUGCUCAUUAUGUUGAAGAAGAACAAUUUGUGUUAACUUUUCGAAAGCAAAUACCAUUAAAAAUAGGUUGCGUCCUGAGAUGGGGAAGUAAAUGUCGUCUGGUUCCUUGACUUCUUUCUUCUGAAUCGCAGAAUACUUUUUCUUGUCUUGCAGUGAAUGUUGUCAUUUUUAAAGUGCCGUUCACUUUAAGUUCACCUUAUUCUACCGAAUCAUGGUUUAGGUUUUACUAACAGGUUCAUGUGUUAUAAUAUAGGGUAAGAAACCAUAAAAAUAUUAACAACUCUAUAGCUCAUACACUUGUGUUUUCCGUGCUGCCUAUAUAUCCAUUUCAGAGCUCUUAUUAUAGUUUCCCUUUAACAACUGUGAUGUACUUUAUAGUUACAGUUUUGAAUUAUUUUUUAGCACUUGUAUUUUAUGUUCAUUAUGUCUAUCGUACAGCAGCUAAACUGUGUUUACACAUCGUUUUACAUAAGUCAUAUUUUUUUUCCUGUUCGGUUCUGUUGUACGAGUGCCAGUGUGGUUUCGUAACUAUAGAUGUAAAGGCCAUGCUGGUUAAGCCGAAGCUUCUGUCGAAGUGAGAUUUAACGUGAGUUUAUUUGCUUUCUUUAAGCGAAUUUUCAACUUUUUUUGUGUCCGGCUAGCACUGAUAUAAUAUGGCCUUAGAUUCUAAAGUGCUUUGUACACCGUUCAACAGCGCUCUUUGUGAUGCAUAUAUGCUACAAUACCUGCUAACCGCUUACGAUAAUAGUGCCUUUACAUUAUGGACGUAAUUUAUAUCACAGCUUUUUAUUGAUGUAUCCCAGACUCGGGAAUUUGUGAUUAUGUAUAUUCUGAUACUUCGGAAUCAAUUGCCGUUUUUGUAUAAUACAGUAUUUUUUUUUUGUUCUCUAGUUUUUCACUACUUUAUGGGUUGUCCCAUUUUUGUACGGGUCAAAUCACAAUCGAGCAGGAUGCUUUUUGUGAAUUUUCGCCAAAAAUGCCAUUUUUAAUAAAAGGAUUUCUUAUUCCA